AUGAAGUUCAUUUCUUUAUUGAUUCCGAUAUUUUGGCUACUAGCGUUAGCAUCAUGUGGUGACUCACUCAUAUCCUUCGAAUUGAGGGCUGUUUUUCUUGAUAAUCAUUCACCCAACCCUGAUGGGUUCUAUAUGAACUACUAUGAAGGAACAGGUGAAUAUCAAACAAGCACAACUGUCUACGGCAAAAGAGAAGACAAAACUGAAAUCCAACCAUUGCCCACUUCCGAGUCUGCAAAUAUCAAUAAAAGGACACCAUCUUCGUAUGUUUUGUUUGGGUUCGACUUCGAUACAGAUGUAGUGGUUUUCACUUUGGAUCCUAGCUCCGGUUACCUUACCUGUAAUAUUGCAGAGGAUCAAUACGUUGUCCUUGACUCAUUAAUGGGGCUUACUCUUUCUUCAACUCCACAGGGUGGGUUUUCAACAUCUGUAUCUGCUUCUGAUCAAGUUACGUAUUUGUCAUUAGAUGGAAGUAUCUAUUUUUUUCUGUGUCAAUUUGGAACGACGAACUCUUUCACUAUCAAUACAUUUAAUUCUAAUUCUUUGUACUGUGGAAGUAUUAACAUGCAAAUUUAUUUGUAUGACGGCGACGAACCCACUGAUACCGAUCAUUCAACUACAUCAUCAUCUAGUGACAUUGCAGCUAUUCCAAACCCUUCCACCUCCGAGAUCAGCGAUUCAACUUCUUCUGUAAGCACAACUUCCAUAUCGUCAACUGCAUCCACCAGCUCUGGUUCUACUGGCAGUCCUACAGCAACUCCAAUUCCAUUAGUGGAGUCUCUCUGUCUGUUUGAGAUGUUUAUCAGAGGGGAGAAUUUUGAUGAUGUUCAAUUGGGUAUGGAAUUGGUAGACAAUUUCGUAGUGCCAGCAGUCGGAGGAUCUUCCGUAUUCGACUACUACUACGAUACUACAAUGAGAGUAGGCUACAUUAUGGUCGAAGGAUCUUAUCCUUCUGGACAACAAGUGUACGACGAAGGUCCAUAUCUACAAAAUCCUGCUCUUAACGGAUUCCAUCUUGGAUCUGGACCAAUGUACAGCUGGCAAGUUAAUCAAGUAGGAAAUGAAUUUGAAUUGGCUUACCCCUGGCCAUUCUAUGCAUGUAACUACGGAGAUGAUUCUACACCAUUUACGCUUACGGACAGUGAACAGCUAUUGGAGUACCCUCUAUGUCAGCCGGUGACAGUCAUAUUAAAAUAUGGUCAAUUGUCAUCUACCUGUCCUCCAACCCCAUCUCUGGUUGUCAGUUCAGUGGAAAGUGAGUCGCACUCUGAGAGUGUGAGCUCAGUGUCGUCGCCUUCUUCGGAACUUCCAACUCUUACUUCAGAUGCUCCAACUCCCGGUUGCGUUGAAAAGUUUGACGCCGAUCCUCAGGGAAUAACUUAUGGUGUAAUGGGGUCAUUUGCUAUUGCCACGGUCAGUGGUGUACCAAUGUUUGCUGUAUCUACCGAUGGAGUUACAGGUGACUUUGCCUAUGAUCCAGAAUCUAGUAAGAUAUCAUAUGCCAACACCUAUUUGUCGAUUAGCGAAAACCUUUUCAUGACAGCCGAUGACGAAUCUCACGCUGUAGAAGGAUGGAGCAUUGUAGAAUACAACGGAGGACAUAUUUUGAGUUUCCUUGGACUCACAAUUUUUCAAGCUUGUUCUAUAGAUGAGUCGGAUACUUACGUCAUUAAAGAUCCAAGAUUCAAUCAAGAUGGUCUCAUUUGCCCAACCUUCAUGAUACAAAUACUUGAAGAUAGCAUUAACUCUGUAUGUCUGCUAGAUGCCUCAUCUACGCACUCUGCAAUUAGUUCCACACCAACCGAAUCAUUUCAGUUGUCGUCCUCUUCGGAACUUCCAAUCAUUACGUCAGGUGCUCCAACUCUUACUUCAAGUGCUCCAACUCUUACUUCAAGUGCUCCAACUCUUACUUCAGGUGCUCCAACUCCCGGUUGCGUUGAAGAGUUUGAUGCCGAUCCUCAGGGAAUAACUUAUGGUGUAAUGGGGUCAUUUGCUAUUGCCACGGUCAGUGGUGUACCAAUGUUUGCUGUAUCUACCGAUGGAGUUACAGGUGACUUUGCCUAUGAUCCAGAAUCUAGUAAGAUAUCAUAUGCCAACACCUAUUUGUCGAUUAGCGAAAACCUUUUCAUGACAGCCGAUGACGAAUCUCACGCUGUAGAAGGAUGGAGCAUUGUAGAAUACAACGGAGGACAUAUUUUGAGUUUCCUUGGACUCACAAUUUUUCAAGCUUGUUCUAUAGAUGAGUCGGAUACUUACGUCAUUAAAGAUCCAAGAUUCAAUCAAGAUGGUCUCAUUUGCCCAACCUUCAUGAUACAAAUACUUGAAGAUAGCAUUAACUCUGUAUGUCUGCUAGAUGCCUCAUCUACGCACUCUGCAAUUAGUUCCACACCAACCGAAUCAUUUCAGUUGUCGUCCUCUUCGGAACUUCCAAUCAUUACGUCAGGUGCUCCAACUCUUACUUCAAGUGCUCCAACUCUUACUUCAGGUGCUCCAACUCCCGGUUGCGUUGAAGAGUUUGAUGCCGAUCCUCAGGGAAUAACUUAUGGUGUAAUGGGGUCAUUUGCUAUUGCCACGGUCAGUGGUGUACCAAUGUUUGCUGUAUCUACCGAUGGAGUUACAGGUGACUUUGCCUAUGAUCCAGAAUCUAGUAAGAUAUCAUAUGCCAACACCUAUUUGUCGAUUAGCGAAAACCUUUUCAUGACAGCCGAUGACGAAUCUCACGCUGUAGAAGGAUGGAGCAUUGUAGAAUACAACGGAGGACAUAUUUUAAGUUUUCUUGGACUCACAAUAUUUCAAGCUUGUUCUAUAGAUGGGACGGAUACUUACGUCAUGAAGGACCCAAGAUUCAAUCAAGAUGGUCUCAUUUGCCCAACCUUCAUGAUACAAAUACUUGAAGAUAGUAUUAACUCCAUGUGUGUGGCAAGUCUGGCAAAUAGUGAAUACUCUUCCUUAACGAGUUUAUUGAGUUCUAAGUUCAGCAGUAUAUCGCUGGUUUCAGAUUCAAGGGGGUACAUCUCUUCCUCACUGCAAUGGACUUCAUUACCAGAGUCAACCAUAGAAAGCAAGGAGUCUACCGCUUCUUCGUUAUCGAAAUUGACUUCUAUCUCUUCAGUCAUUUCAAGCAUUCCUACUCCAAGUAUAUCUACAUCAGUUUCUCCUCCUCCGACUGACGUAUUUAAGUUGCUUGCAAUUAUAGACGGACUCUUAGCCUACAUUGAAGCACUAUUGGUUGAAUUAGAAUCGGGCUUGCCAAUCUUAGCCAAAAGAGAAGAGGUCUACAUCUUGGGCAUUGAUCUUGGCGGGCCGGAUGUUGUCUUCAAUUAUGAUAACGAUACAGGUUAUCUCGCAGCAGACAACGGCUUGUAUGUUCAAGCACCAGAUCCUGUAAAAGGAAUCUAUCUCGGACCAGAUCCAAUAUCUGGUUGGGGUUAUGACGAAAACAGUCAAUUGACAUUUAAUUCACAGUCAGCUUUCUUUAGAUGCCCUUAUGGAGACGAUGGAGGAUUCGUCCUUUCCCCUGUUAAUGGUGGAAGCUGUGUAGGGUUGCAAUUGGCAGUCGAACUUCAAGUUGGAAGUUCGUCAUCUAGUACACCACUGGCUACCUCAAGUCAAGACCAUACUUCUACUUCUGAGACUUCUACUAAUGAAAAUUAUUCUUCAGUAGGACAAACGGAAAGUCAAAGUAUUGAUUCAACACUGGAUACUGGAUUGGGUUAUUCUAGCUUUUCUAAUAGUACUUCCAGUCAAUUAUCUGUUAGAUCGUCUGUGGCAACUUCUAUUAGCACCGGUGACAUUGCAGUUAGUAUAUCAACUGGUGCAUCAGCUAGUAUAUCUGCUGGUACAUCUGCUGGAAAUUACGAUACUUCACUUGGCAUGUCUACGGGCACUUCUCAUGGUACUUCGUCUGAUAUUAGUACUGAAACCACUCCUAGAUCUUCUGCAGAUGUUAAUUCUUCUAUCGGCAAUGAUAAUUCUGGUACUUCUUCAGAGGGAGAUUCAUCUAUAGUUUCUAUUGAUUUCUCUUCAGGUUCUCUCCAGAUCACAGAUUCACUUACUCCUUCUUCUAUUGUUCCAACUUCUCUGGUUCCAGCUUCUCUGAUUCCAGCUUCUCUGGUUCCAGCUUCUCUGAUUCCAGCUUCUCUGGUUCCAGCUUCUCUGGUUCCAGUAACAAAGACGACGUCGUACAACUUCCAAUUAACAGCCAUCGCUGCUCCUCCAAAUAAAUUCGAGGAAUUGGUUCUAGUACAAGACAGCAGAAUGAUAUUAGAUGUAACUACAGGUUCUGAAUUUGAAUUGAAGCUUCCUGAAGGUUACCUUACUGUUCAAAGCUUGUACGUUCAUGCAGAUGCUAUAGGAUUCUACCUUAGUUCUGAACCUAUUGGUGGAUUCUCAUUCAUCGGGGAUCCAAUUUUGGAAUUUAACGGCCAGCUGGACUUCUACAUUUGUCCAACGUUGGACGUCCCAUUACAACUUACGAAAGUUGAUCCAAGCUGUAUGCUCGGUUCAUUGCUGCUUAUCUUGGAUGGGUCAUCUACUUCAAUUGCACCAGAUGAGAACUCCCAAAGUCAACUGGUUGCCAACAUAAAUACCCUCGACUCUUCAAGUCUGUUGACAACUGCUACACUUUUAACAAGCGAAGUUAUUACAAUCACAGAUUGUCCAAGUACAAUAACUAAUUGUCCUCUUGAAUCUAUCAGAACCGUCACCAUUCCUAAGACAUUAGUAACAACCUAUUGCCCUGUAUCUGGAAGCCAAUCGAUGACUAUUUCGAUUGAGAUUAUUUCGACUGAAAUAGUCACACUUACCAAAUGUCCAAGUUCUGUAACCAACUGUCCCGUCAAAACCACGGAAUUGACAACAAAUCUUCAUACAAUGAAAACGGUCUCAGUUAUGCCUAUUGAUGUCUUAACGACAUUUACUUCAGUGGAGACUUUGGCUUGCACCAAGCAUUGUUUAAAGAGCCAGUUACCGGUGCUCUUAACUCAUACAUUAACUUCACCUUUAGGAAACAAUCCACAGGCAACUGGAGGUUCAGCAGGUAAGGGAAGUUCACCAACUAAUACUGUGAAUACAGCAGCUGCUGGAACAGGAGUUGCUGGCAUUCACAGUCCUGGUAACACAAUUUCGGAAUUUGAACCGGUCUCUUCGAGUAUUUCGACUUCUAUGAUUGUUCCUAGCGUCUCAUUACUUUCUCAAAAUUCAAAUUCUCCAGAAUCAAUUUCGACUUCAGUAUCAGUAUGGACUGUUGAAGCACUUGGAAAUGCUGCUGAUAAGCUUUCUGGAACUAUAACCAACGAACUGGGCAAGUCUAUGGUCGACCAUGGAUACUUGGACGAAUUAAAGCCUCUGGACGGCUUGAUUAUUCUUCAAGCUUAUUUGAACAGAAGGUCUCAAGAAGAAAUCUUAACGAAGCCACCUCAUCUAAGAGAAGAGUUAAUGCAAAUCAAUUCACUUGUUGGUGAUUCUGAAACUUAUUCAUUCGAAGGAAUGGACGAAGACAGUGAUGACGAAAUUAUCAAAAUGAUGCUCGUUCUCAUGGAAUACAAGAAAACACUGGGCAAAGAUGGGUCUUCGUACGAGGCAGGUUUUCAAAUUGAUAUGUCUCCUCUGUAUGGUUGGGCUUCAUCUAGUGUUACUCCCGUUUCUAGAGUAACUGGCAAAUCGGAAAACAGAACUGUCAUGGGUGCUGUUAACUCGAAGGGAAUUGUACAACUCAACUUGAAAAAGCCAUUCAGGAACGUCGCAAAGAAGAGGAAAACUGCCUCAGCCAGAAGAGAUCAAGCUAAUGAAGAUAGAGAUGAAUCAGUAGGUACUACAACAGGGCAUUUCAAGUAUUUUGUUCUUGAUGUCCUUCUGACAUUGGAUCUCUACCCUGAGUAUAGGAACUGCUACCUCAUCAUGGACAAUGCAAGUGUUCACAAAAAUCACUCGAUUUAG